UGCACGGAGCUCCUCGUCACUCUGGUUGAAGAUGGCCUCGUCGUUUUGGAAAGGGAUUGUCGGUGUCGGACUCUUUGCCUUAGCUCAUGCAGCUUUCUCAGCGGCACAGCAUCGAUCAUACAUGCGACUCACAGAGAAGGAAAAUGAAACACUACCAAUCGACAUUGUAUUACAGACCCUAUUAUCGUUUGUCAUGACCUGUUACGGUAUCGUCCACAUCGCUGGAGAGUUCAAAGACAUGGACGCCUCCUCAGAGCUGAAAAACAAAACAUUCGAUACACUGAGGAAUCACCCAUCUUUUUACCUUUUCAAUCACCGGGGUCGGAUGCUAUUCAGCUCGCCAGAGGAGGAGCCCUCCUCCGUACGCAACCAGCAAGCAGUUCCCAACCCCAUACGGCUACGCAAGCUGGAGCAUUUGCACUGAGACUGGCCUUUCCUGCCUGUAACAUUAUCAACGUCAGAUAAGGGUUUUUUUUUUGUUUUGUUUCUUUUUUCUUUUUUUUUUCUUUUUUUUUUGUUAGACAGAGGGGGCAAAGUGAGAAAUGAUCUUCCUCUUUAAUUUGUAUUUGUACAUAAACUAAUAUGCUGUCUGAAAACAUGCAUCUCUGUCCAUAAAAAGUGGUCACCACCAUAUUCAACACUGACUGUGCCAACCCUUCAGUUUUUCAAGCAGAUUUGUUUGUAUAUACAGUAUGUAAAUGCUUUGGAGUCUUAAGAUACAGAGACAUCUGCCAUUCUCGUCCCUUCUGAACUGAAUUGGGAUACUUGCUGUCCUUCGUACUGUAUAUCCUCUAAAUGAGGGGCAUAAAAAUAACUCCUGUUUCGUUAAUGUAUUAUUUCAACCACACAUCAAGUCUUCAGCAGCCGUCUGGUCAAAAAUGCAGUUUCAAGUGAAAUGAGUUUGUCUGUAUGAACGAGAACCUUUUUAUUUCCUUGAUGAUUUCCUGGAAGCAUAAAGCUCAUCUGUACAUCCUGUAUGCAAUAAAGAGGUUUGAUUUAUGUCACAGGAAAUCAACUCAAGGCGAUAUGUGAGAACAGAAAACAUUAGCCAGCUGUUCUAAUGAUGCUGUGAACACUAGGCUGGAGUAGAAAGUGAUGGUACAUUUUGUUUGGGUGAAGUUGAAUUUUUCCUUCAUUUUACAUUUUGUUAAGAUUUAACAGAUUGUUUUUAAUUUAAUAAAAGCAUACUGAUUUUACAAGG